CGCGUACACGCACCUAACGUGUCCUCUCUCUUAUCCUUCACCUACCUCAUAAAUCCCCUUUCAUUCACCCAAAGCUUCACCAAUCAAUCAGCCAGCCAUAUACAGUCCUUGUUAUAGAAACCCGCUACUAAUAGUCAUAGAACAUCCAGAUAGAUUAUAGUUUAUCGAUCGAUUAUAGAUAGAUAGAGAGAUUUCCUGAAAGGAUUUUUCUUUCAAUUAUACACAGAACACGAUCCACUCACAGAUUCACUUAUCUUUCUUACACACACACGCACAUAUAGAGGGAGGGAGGAGUAUUAUAUAUAUAGAGAGAGAUAUUUUAGGGUUUCAUGGAAAUGGGAUCUGUUUAGUUUUAUAUUUCAGUUUUGUUUCUUUCUUUGAUUUAGGUGGGAGGUAUACCCAAUGGCCAGAAAUAGUGAAGCAUCCCUGAUUGAGUCCAAGAAUGAGUCAAAGAGAGUAGUUCCACUGAACACGUGGGUUCUCAUCUCCAACUUCAAGCUGUCCUACAAUCUACUACGCCGCCCUGAUGGGACUUUCAACCGCCACCUGGCGGAGUUUCUUGAUCGCAAGGUCCCUGCUAAUGCAAAGCCAGUUCAAGGUGUUUUCUCAUUCGACAUGAUCAUUGACCGUGAAACCGGACUGCUGAGUCGUAUAUACCGGCCCGCAUUUGACGACGGAAGUGAGCCCAGUUUAUUCAAUCUUGAAACCCCUGUGUGCUCCGAUAUAGUUCCUGUCAUUAUUUUCUUCCACGGUGGAAGCUUUGCACACUCCUCUUGCAACAGUGCAAUAUAUGACACUCUCUGUCGUCGUCUUGUGGGCACUUGUAAGGCCAUCGUUGUGUCUGUGAACUACCGGCGAGCACCUGAGAAUAGAUACCCUUCUGCAUAUGAUGAUGGAUGGACUGCUCUGAAGUGGGUCAGUUCAAGAAAAUGGAUGGAAAGCAAAAAGGACUCUAAAGUUCAUAUUUAUUUAGCAGGAGAUAGCUCUGGGGGCAAUAUUGCCCAUAAUGUGGCUCUCAGAGCAGCCGAGUCAGAUAUACAAGUGUUAGGAAGCAUAUUGCUUAAUCCUAUGUUUGGAGGAGAAAAGAGAACUGAGUCGGAAAAGCAGUUAGACGGAAAAUAUUUUGUCACCCUUCAGGACAGAGAUUGGUAUUGGAGAGCCUUUCUCCCUGAAGGGGCUGAUAGGGACCAUCCGGCUUGCAACCCAUUUGGUCCCAACCAGGUCCACCUUGAAGGGGUUAUUAAGUUCCCGAGAAGCCUUGUGGUUGUGGCUGGUUUGGACCUGGUUCAGGAUUGGCAGAUGGCUUAUGUUGAUGGGCUUAAGAAGGCUGGGCAAGAGGUCAAACUUAUUUAUCUAGAGAAGGCGACGAUUGGGUUCUACUUGUUGCCAAAUAAUGACCACUUUUACACCGUCAUGGAUGAGAUUAGCGACUUUGUGAGUUCCGACAGUUGAAACUUUCCAGCGGUUGAAAAUUUUGGGUUUUGAAGAUUGUCCCUCUGUAUGUCUCUGGUUCGGAUUCCGAUUCAUAUAGGUAUACUAUUCAUGCAAGUGGCUAAGCUUAUUCUUCUUCAAGAAGGGCCCGGGUUGGCCGGUUGGGUUAUUCUGAUGUCAAGGCUUCUUGCUGUGCCUAACUGGUACAAGUUUCUUUGGGAUGUUGCUUCUUUGUUGUGUUGUAUAUAUAUAUAUAUAUAUAUAUAUAGUGCAAUAAGUCACAGAACUACUUUAAGUGCAGUUUAGCUUACAUUUCCAACUUCUGGCCUUUAAAGGGGAGGAAGAAGUGUGAAUGUGGGGGUGGGGGGCUGAUCUAAGAGAAUCAGCACCUUUGCUAAUAUUAUAUACCUACUGGUCCUAAGUAUACAUGCUAAACUGCAAUUCAUGGAUGGGAAACAUCCAUAAAUUAUUGAAUUUGUAAUCCAUAUAUAUUAUAUAUAAGUAGAAUUGUAAUGUGUUAUGCUUACUUAACCUACCAUUUGUGUAUUUACUUGAUUGCUUGUAGGAUGCAAGUAAAGAGCACAAAUGGUACCAUAAUUAGUGGCAUUAAUGCAAUUUUGUACCCCAAUUAAUACACCCUAAUUGUUCAAUUUGAUUUCUUUGUUGGUUGUACCAUUCGAUUUUCUGGCAAUUAUUAGAUUUGGCUGUUUGAAUUCAACUUACAUUAUCAAAAAAUGUCC